CAUCACCUGUGUUAUCCCAUAAAUUGUAGAAAAUUGGAGUGAGAGACAUUCAAGUGGGCACAGAUUUGGAAUUAUCUUUCCCUUAGUAAUUCUAGCUUACCUGUUCUGGUCUCAUUUCACUGAGUAAAGAGGGAUGAACUGCUAUCUCAGUGUACCCACAGAACUUUGCAGCCAGUUCUAGUUUAAAAAUCUAGUUUGAAUCCUUCUGAUUCAAAGUAAUCCCAUCUUCUGUCCCUUUUAGGGAGUCUAGGUCUCACAGCUUUUGGGAAGCUGUGAAAAACUGAGGCACCGACUAGUUAAUAUGUGACAUUUCCAAGAUCAUACAUCUGAUAGUGAUCAGGAAAGAGCAUCUGUACAUGUAUCUUAUUAUAGUGCCAGGUUCUAACUCAAGUGGGAUUCUCAACCAGCCUUCUCUGGUGUGCAUUAUGCCAACUUUAGCUCCCUUGUGAGGCACAUUGGGCAGCCAUUGAAUGCCCAUUUAACACAGCUUUUGAGGUUACACGGUGAAGGAAAAGGAGGGUGUUUCUUUUACUCAUUCUGUAUGGGUUAGAGAUCUCCAGUACAUCUGCCCAUCCAUCUGUUGUCUAUUGUCCAUGAAAAUAAGCUUGCCUGCCUGCGUACACUGGAGGCAGCCUUUGUCCUUACCUUCUUACCAGGUAGCUACUUUCUCUGGUCUAAGUUUUCUGUAAGCUUAUAACAUCAAGAUGUAUCAGCCAGUUUUGAAGUUUACAUUUUUGUGUGUAUUGUAUGUGUUCCAAUGUUUGUGCACCUGUGUAUACUGGUACAUGCACACAUGUGUAAACAUGGAAGCCAGAGAUCAAUAUUGAAUGUCUUCUAUUGCUUUCCACCUUUAUUUUUAUUUAAUUAUUAUGUUUUUGAGACAGGGUCUCUCACUGAACCUAGAGCUCACCAGAUUGGUAAGAGUUGGCCAACAAACUCUAGGGAAUCUUCUCAUCUCUACAGCCCGAGUGCUGGAAUUACAGAUGCAUGCCACCGUGUGGUGUUUUACGUGGUUGCUGAGGAUCUGAACUCAGGUUCUCAAGCUUGUGUAGAAGUGGUCUUUUGCAGAAAUACAGCUCACAGCUACAGUGAAACGGGAGAACUGCUUGGUUCAGGAUGGCUAGAGAAUCAAGGGAAAGCACAACCCUGGACUCACACUCUGCAGAGGACCAGAUGGAGCUACUGGUUAUAAAGGUGGAACAGGAAGAGACUUCCCCCUUGGCAGAGGAGGCCAGUUGGCUGGGCAGUCCUGGGCCUGACCGCUCCCGCCAGCGCUUCCGUGCUUUCCGCUACCCAGAGGCAGCCGGGCCCCGCCAGGCGCUGAGCCGGCUCCGCGAGCUCUGCAGACAGUGGCUGCGGCCAGACAUGCACAGCAAGGAGCAGAUCCUGGAGCUGCUGGUGCUGGAGCAGUUCCUGACCAUCCUGCCAGGGGAACUGCAGGCCUGGGUGCGCGAGCAGCACCCCGACAGCGGGGAGGAGGUGGUGGCACUGCUGGAGUACUUGGACAGGCAGCUGGAUGAGACACCUCCACAGAUUCCAGACGAUGAUGAUGGGCAGGAACUUGUUUGUUCCAAGGCAGUACUGUUGACAUCAUCUCAGAGCUCAGAAAGUAGCCAGAUGGAGCCCAUGGAGCCUCUGCUUAAGCAGGAGUCUUUUGGAUCUCUGUCCUCAGAAGUCAGAGUCACCCAGGUGGGGCACUGUGGAGAAGAUGGAGUGACAGCUACCAGGCUCACGUCAGAGUUGCAGGGGUUGCUGAAAAUGGAAGAUGUCCUUUCCCCGAGGUGGACAGAGCAGGAUUCAUCUCAGAUGAACCUUUACAAAAAUGAAAUGCAGGAGAACGCUGGCAGCCUGGUUUCCCUGGAUCAGGACAUGCAGACUAAGGUUAGGGACUUGCCUCCAGCUGAGGAAUACAUGGAACAAAAGCCUGAGCAGACAGUGUGCUUCCUGGGUGAAGACACUGUCCAGAUUCCUACAGGUGCAGAAGCCAGUGAGCAGGAAGGCAAGUUACAGACAGCACAGAAGAAUGCCACAGGAAAUAGGCGGUUCUAUUGCCGUGAAUGUGGAAAGAGCUUUGCUCAGAGUUCAGGCCUAAGUAAACACAAAAGAAUCCACACUGGAUUGAAACCCUAUGAAUGUGAGGAGUGUGGCAAAGCCUUCAUUGGAAGUUCAGCUCUUAUUAUUCAUCAGAGAGUUCACACUGGUGAGAAGCCAUAUGAGUGUGAAGAAUGUGGUAAGGCCUUCAGUCACAGCUCAGAUCUCAUCAAGCACCAGAGAACCCACACUGGGGAAAAGCCCUACGAGUGUGAUGACUGUGGAAAAACCUUCACUCAGAGUUGCAGCCUCCUUGAACAUCACAGAAUUCACACUGGGGAGAAGCCAUACCAGUGCAACAUGUGUCCCAAAGCCUUUAGGCGUAGCUCACAUCUCCUGAGACAUCAGAGGACCCAUACUGGGGAUAAAGAUUUUUUUGUUCCAGAACCUUACUGGGAAAGUCAGAGUAGGGUGGAAAGCCAUUGGGAAAAUAUUGAAACUCCUGUGUCUUAUCAAUGCAAUGAUUGUGAGAGAAGUUUCAGUAGGAUUACAAGCCUUAUUGAACACCAAAAAGUACAUACUGGUGAGAAGCCCUUUGAAUGCCAAACCUGUGGAAAAGGCUUCACCCGACCUUCAUACCUUAUUCAACAUCAGAGAAGACACACGGGGAAGAAAACUUCUGUCACAGUGACCCCUGCUGUACAUUCCGAAGUUGGUGUUCAACUGUCAUUGAACUGAAGCCACUCUGGAGCUCUUAAUGACUGCAGAGGUCAUAGGCUAGGGCUCUAUUUAUAAUGUACAUCCUCAGAUAUUAGGAAUCUGGCUAAGACUUAUUAUCUUCUACAUUCUAGAAGAUGACUAGGAAAAAAAGCUUAUUUCAUAGGAGAGUUGUCUGCAAGAGUUCUCACCCAUUGGAAUUAAAUGGGCUUCCUGACUGGCAAAUUGCCUUCCCUUGGCCUGCACUUCAUGUCUCUUGAGGGAAUGGUUAUGCUUUGGGGGUGUUACUCUGACCCUUCGUUAGGCUAAUGAGCCUUUCACAUGUGGUUAGACUUGGAACUCUUAUGUCCUGCUUUGUGCCUUGUAUACAGGUGCUAAUAAACAUUUAUUAAAUAUACUGGUGAGAUUUCCUACAUAGCUUUGAAAACCAUUAUCUAGAAAUUCUCACCAAGGCCAUUUGUAUAUCUUUUAAAAAAAUGAUGUUUUAGAUUGAGUUGAUGUAGUACUGCUUUGUUUUUGUUUUUUUGCCAUGUACCCCAACUUGGCAGGGCAAAGGUGAAGGUGAGGUUACUGUGCUAGAAUCCUUUAAUUCUUUACCUAAUUUAGGAAUUCUGUGAGAGUGCCUUAAACAGCUUUCUUAGCAUUAAGUCAUUGUGAAUGUGCCACCCAUGGAAUUCCACUAAUAUUUUUUUCCCUGUUAAUUUUGUUACUCUGGAGAGAACAAAAAAGAAAAAAAAAACUUUCCUACUCAUGUAGUGUGAAAAAGAGUUUCAGAAUAAAGUGAUCAAUGCCUAA